UUGGAACGAUACACGACAGUAAGCAAUUUAAAGAGAUUAAUAAAGGUCACUUUCGCCAUAUUUACGUGUUGCUGAAAACACUUAGAAAAGUUGACAUGUCGGAGUGUGAGGUGACUUUGCAGCAGGUACAAGAUCUGCUAACAGACGAUAACGGCCUUUACUGCUGUCCGACAGAAGCGUACAAUCAGGUUUUUCCCGGAUUAUAUAUCGGAAAUGGGGAUGGGGCGAAGAAUGUGUAUCGUCUAAAAAGCCUGGGCAUAACUCAUGUUCUGAAUGCUGCAGAGGGACACUCGUUCAUGCAUGUUGACACCUGUGCUGAGUUCUACGCUGGGACAGAGAUUAUCUACCAUGGCUUCCCGGCCAUCGACUCUGAUCUCUUUGACAUCAGCAUCUACUUCGAAGAUGCAGCAGACUUUAUCGAGAAAGCGUUGGCAUAUAAAAAUGGAAAAGGCAGAGUAUAUGUUCACUGCAAGGAAGGCUACAGUCGCGCCCCCACCCUGGUCAUCGCCUACCUCAUGCUCCGCCACAACAUGGACAUCCAUACCGCCGUGUCCAUAGUGCAGCAGAAGAGAAAUAUCGGCCCCAAUGAUGGCUUCCUUGUGCAGCUUUGUCAGCUAAACCAGAGGCUGGCUCGCCAAUAAGGCAGAAAUGCACCCACGCUGUGAGGCAAGAAAUUGUCUGAGAUGAAAAGUGCGCCUAAUUGGACAAUUUGUUUUGUUCUACAGCUUUAACAAGCUGCAUGUUGAUGUUCCAAGGUGCUGUUCUUAAAUUAUUCACCCAUGACAGUGAUCACAAGGAUUUGAGAAAUUUAAGAAACACUUGACUUCUGUUUAAUGUAUAAGUAUGAAGGGUGAGAAACUAAAUUAUAUUGUGGUGGCAAAAAUAAUACAUAUUGUGUAUGUGUGUACUUAUAUAUUUAUAUUGCACAGCCCUUAUGUGUGGUUGUUUGACUUGCUUAUCUCAGCAGACAAACAUUUAUAUAGUUGUAAAUUGUCAGUGAAUUGUGUGUCCUGUGCAGCAUUUUUAGGUACUCUUUUAGAUUGUUAAAAUGUAUGUUAACUUAUUUGCACUGUUAUGUAAUAUAAAGUUUGAUCAGUUGAAGAAAAAAAUAAUCAGAAAAUAUUUAAUUGAACUUGGUCAGCUUUUCGCCGCUAGAGGGAGACAUCGUUCUGUCCUUUGUGGUAAUGUGUUCAUUUAUUUUGGUAUUCCAGAAUAAAUGAUUUUAUCAUUUACGCAUUUGAAUGUGUUCAGUAUUGUACAUUUUCAUGGACAAAUAAUUCCUGGCGUUCAAAAAAAUAAAUAUUUUUCCGUGU